CAGCACUAGCUGAAGUGGUCAGUCAGGACUGGAGCAACUCCUACACCCCUGAAGCAGCUGCUACUACACUCCACAGACAGAGACAACCAUGAGAAGGGGAAGCUAUGAUGAUAUUGCUGCUUCAAUAAGCCCUCAGCUGAGGAGUCUGGCACAGCGUCGGCGCUCAGCCCCUUCCCUGGCCUUCGGUAAAGCACUCGGCAAGCCAUGGACCACAGCCAGAGAGAACCUGCUGUGCUCUGUAUCAGUUGAGCAAUGUCCGUUUGUGCUGGGCCUGACCAGUGAGAAUGCAGAGCUCAUCCUCGAUGAUUGUGCACAGCUGACAGAGGGCUUACAGACUAAAGAGAGACAUUUGUUUCUGUUCAGUGAUAUGCUGGUCAUUGCCAAGUUAAAGUCCAACACAAGCUACAGACUCAAACACAAGAUUAAUCUGAGGGAUCUAUGGAUAGCCUCUUGUGAAGAAGAGAUCUGUGCCAUCAACAUUGAUCCAAGGAAUUCAUUUGUCAUUGCCUGGCCCCUAACAGUCUGCAUUGUUUUCUUCAGCUCGUCUGAGGUGAAAGAACGCUGGCUAGAUACUCUCCACUGGAAAAUUAAAGAAGCAAAAGGGAAAGAAGCUCCCAACGUACCAUCAACAAAAUUACUCAUGAAGGUGUUAAGUAGCAGCAUUACAUCUAAAACACUGUCGGGAGGUAAUAUGGAUUCCUUCAUCGAGUCUGCUUUGGAUGGUGAUGCCAAAACUUACCACUUGUCAGCGCCAUGUGACAGUGAAGAUGGAACAUGUCAUCUGAUUGAAGGCAACAAGAAGAGGAAGAAAGUGUUGUCUUGGCCUUUUCAAAUAAGGAAGAGUUCCACACAGUCUGACUCCUCCACUCGUUCAGACCCAGAUAUGAAGACCCCGUUAUUCGGACAGCCUUUGUCCAUGGUCUGUGAUGAAGAUGAGAAACUUCCCAAGCCCAUUAUGGAUAUUCUUACACUCUUGUUGAAAAAAGGCACCUCCACUGAGGGGAUUUUCAGAAAAGCAGGAAACGCAAAGAUCUGCAAGGAGAUCAAGGAACAGCUAAAUGCUGGAACAGAGGUUGACAUGGACACAAAACCCAUUAUUCUUCUAGCAGCUGUCUUCAAGGAUUUCCUGAGGCACAUUCCACACAGCUUGCUGUUGACUGAACUUUAUCUUCCCUGGAUGGAAUCAAUGGAGAAGGACAAUAUUAAAGCGAGAUACUACAACCUUAAACUGGUGGUAGAGAAGCUCCCAAAGCCUAACAUUCUCCUACUGCAACACUUCCUUUGUGUGCUUCACCACAUCAGCAAGAACUCCGGGAUUAACAAGAUGGAUGCCAAAAACCUUGCUGUUUGCAUUGCACCAAACAUGCUUUUGCUUGACAGCACAUUGUCUCUCGAAGUGCAAAAAGAGAUGACUGAAAAGAUCACAACUUUGACACAGUUUCUAAUUGAGAACUGUUGUGAAAUAUUUGGAGAUAACAUCACAUCUUUGCUUGAUGAGCCACAUGAAGAGGAACUGGCUAAUAGCUCAGAUACAUUAUCAUCCCACCAACAUGACUCUGCCUACGACAGCACAGACCCAGAUGCUGAUGGAGACUCUCGGAACCUAAGCACAAAGCAACAAAAAGACACUGGCUGCAGUCUCCAGGAAGAAAACAAUGACCUGGAACUAACUGAAACUGGACACAUUUCUUCAACUUGUGAAAAAGACCCUCCUUCUGACAUUUUUGAAACAUUCACAAAAAGAAUAAACAGAAGGUGCUCAGAGCCUAGCAUUUUGGCUCAUAACUCUUCAGUUGGUAUAAAAAGUCAAAAGCUGACUCGGAGCCAAGGUGACUUCUCAGUUGAGACAGAGGACCUAAGCUUUGAAGAUCAGCAACUUAAAAAGCAAAACUCAGACGAUUGUUUUGUGACACGCUGUUUCAGGGACAUAAAACCUGCAAGUCUGAAGCUGAGCAACAGUUUGCAAAAGGAACUGCCAACAGCACCUUCCUCUAAAGCUUCUUCAACCUGCUCUCUGGAAAGCACUUUUUCCAAUGUUUCUGACAACUCUGUCUUUACCAGCUCUCCUCUGGCCUCCCCAUCUAGCCCCAAAAGGUCUUUCUUUGGCAGGAACCAGUCUUUCUCUGCCAGAGCUACUGAUGACAGUGAGAAACAUGACAAAGAACUGAAGAAACACUCGCUGUCCUUUUCUAUAAGGAAUGACAAGAAGCCCCUAUUUAAAACAAAAAGUUGGGGACCAACCAGCUUCAACAGGAACAGCCUAAAGAAAGACUCUCAGAAAGAAAGCCAGUUCUCAUGUGACACUCUUCAGGAAGACUCUCAAAAUGAAACUGAUUCAGCAGAACCACAGCCCGGAGCUCGUACAGCAUCAGUUUCAACCGAGGAGGUCUUUCAGCGGGUAGACAGUAAAAAACCGGGCCAGCCCCCAUCUUAUGAACAGGCUAUUCGGAGUCGGACGUCUCCUCCUCCCCCUGAAUACAGUUCCAUGACAGUGCAAGAUGCUAGAAACAAAUUGUCAACAGAUAGAAAGACCAGGCCAUCGUCAGUAACAGAGAACUGCUUGAAUUCCACAACUAAUAGUACAUUUGGCUACAAGGAGAGAGACGAUAUUAAUGACAGCGAUACAAUAGUUGAAAAAUCAACAGCAUUCCGUCACAGAGCCAUGUCUGAAUCCAUAUCAAGAGCUAGGUAUGAUUGGGUGCAGCGUAGGUGUAGCCAACCGCUUUUUGAGGAUAUUUCAUAUGCUAAGGAAUCCUAUGUGUAAAUAUCAUGUUUGUUUACUGUACAGGUGUAAAUAUUUGUGCAUUGUACAUAUACAGACACAUCCCCAGCCAACACAGACUGGGAGCAAUGGAAUAAAUAUGUAUAUAUUUAUCAGCCUCUGCACAGAGACUGAACAUCUGUAUCCACAUUAAAAGCUACCUGUAAAUAGUUGAUUAGUAAAAGUAAGCUUUAUACAGCACUUGUUCUGUAUACAUACAGUAAAGCUAUGUAAAAAAAUAAAAUUAGCUAUAGAAUAUCUAUAUUUAUACUAUACACCAAACAUAUUAUUGUUGGGCUAACUUUUUUUAUAGUAUAAUGUAUUUUUAUAUAGUUACUGUAUAUAUUGAACUGUCAACUACAAUUUCUGAUGUUGUUUCCACUACAUUAAAGCACUUUUUAAACCCAUUUUUAAAGGUCUUUAGUGUGUGCUUGAUGUAAGAUCAUUAUAGGCCUGGAGUGCAAUAAACAGUGUGGGUGCAAUUCCAAAUGCACUGUACUUUGUCCGAUGUAUUGUACCUUAGCUACCAAUCUAACUUGCAUUUAUGUAAUUGUGAAGUUAGCCUAGUCAUUGAAAUAAAUAUAUUAACAAAAUGUAUUUAUCAAAAUUAUCAAAAAACUACCAGUGUAGUUAAAACAUCUGUAUUUUGAAGUGUAGACUAUACAUAAUAUUAUUUUCAAGGUGAAUCUUUGCAAUAUAAGCCGUUCUUAAAUAAUGCACUUAAUAAAGGUUAGUUUACCAACAACAUUAAAGUUUAGUCAUUUUGAAACCUGUAGUGUAGACUACGGGCACAGUGUUGAAAAUAGCUGUAACUAACCACUAUAUUCUUUGGCAGUUGCAUUGGAAUGUGAAUGAGUCAAGUCAGCAUAAAAAGCUUAAAACAUGUACAUAAUGUAAAUUAUGCAUUUUAGGUGUCAGAUUCUUCCCUUUUCUACUUGAGUGGGAGCAUUUUAAAAGUAUGGCCUGACACAUGGCUUUAGCUCCAUUGAGAACAGAGAGUUCUACACUACAUGAAAGUGGAAACCAGCACUGAUCACAAGGUCGCUUUUUCUUUGAAAUGUAGCCUUCCUACUGGGUAACCAUACUAUCUCCUUUUUCAUCAGCAGCAGACUUAGACUUCCUGUGUUAGCUCAACACUUUGUUUCAAGUUAAUGUUGAAAUGCUAGGAGAUAAAUCAGUAAACACACAUGUUAAGAUAGCUGAACAACAAAGAGCAACACAGUGACUAUAGAUAUUAAGUGUGACACAUGUAAGUGUGACACACAGACAGGAAAGAUUUGUUUAGCAAAACAGCUACUAAACCACAAGGCAAUAAAAAGCAGGACUUCCAGUUGUCCAGGAAAAAUAAAUUCAUCUGGCAGGUAGGAAACCCCUAUUUUGAGAAAAUAAACAUGUGAUCCAACACAGAUUGACUGAACAACAACCAUACAGUAUCUGACUCCCAGAAAUGGGUAGACCCAGUACAAUUAAUCCUCCAUUAAUCCUCUUAAGUAGUCAGAUAUUUAAUUAGAUCAAUAAUACCAGAAGUGGAAUUGUCCUCCUGGACCUGAAUUGCCAACAAAAGCAGAAAGAUAAACAGGUGAAUAUGCCUGCAUUUCAAACACCAGACCGUUCCAGACUAUGGCUCUUUUGGCACAGGUUAAUCAGGUAGUUUCAGGGUUCCUUCUUGAAUCUGUACUAUACUGUCUGAUGCACUUAAAAUCUGGUUCCCUUUUUGUAGAUGCAAUGUAAAAUAAUUGCAUUAAAUUGAAGUAGUACAACGUUGAGAAUAUUAACACUGCUGGUUCAAAAGAGAAAAACAAAGGUUAGUAUAAUGUAUGGGUACUGUGAGAUUGCAGAUUAACUGCAACUACUGUUUAGUUGUCUUAUAAUAACUACAUUGGUAAGAUUUAUUUUCUAAAAUAUUUAUGC